ACCUAAUUCAUCGGGAAGAGAUGUCUCGUAUUGUUUACCCGUGUGGCCCUUGCAAGAUUCAACGAAAAAAGUGUGGAGAUAAAUGCAUUCUCGCUCCUUAUUUCCCACCAAACGAUCCUCACAAAUUCUUUGUUGUGCGGAAAAUAUUUGGAGCCAGCAAUAUUGCAAAAAUCCUUGAGGAUAUUCCGGGUGAAAAGAGAGGAGAUGCGGUAAGGAGCCUGGUAUAUGAAGCAAGUGCGAGAUUGAAUGAUCCAAUCUACGGUUGCACCGCCGAAAUUUCUCGAUUGCAAAACCAAGUUUUACAUCUCCAAUCACAACUCGCAACCGUUCAAGCAGAGCUCCUCAACGCACACGGUAAUUUAGUAGUCUCUCAAAAUAAUGAGAAUGAAGAUAUAGGUUUUCAAUACGAUGACGACCCCUUUGGAUUGUGGGCACCACUGUGAACCUAGUUUGUAUUAUCUAAAGCCAUUUCUAAAUAUCUGAUCAU